AUGCCCGCGCACGGCUCUCUCCCUGCUCGUCACUGUGUCUCCCGUUGCUCUGUAUUUAUAAGGCGCCCCUGUGCGCGGAGAGGCACAAGCGUGCCUCGUCUCUAGAGAGGCAGAGCGCGUCGCUGCGACUUGGAGACGCUUUUGGACGAAAGAUCUGUGCAGCCGCUGCUGAGGAAGAGACGCGGGAGCGCAGGAGUUCCCCCCUCCCCCUUCCCCCCAAACUUCACUGUAGCUUGCUCUCGGGGAAACAUCCCUGGGGUCACACGGAAACUCACAAGGAAGCACACACACAGAGACACAAUCACACAACAGGCACCAUGCAGGAGUCGGAGCCGACGGUGUGCCAACUGCAGCCAAACAUCAUCUCAGUACGUCUUUUCAAGAGAAAGGUUGGUGGUCUGGGCUUUCUGGUGAAGCAGAGGGUGUCCAAGCCACCUGUCAUCGUGUCUGACCUCAUCCGCGGAGGCGCGGCAGAGGAGUGCGGGCUGGUGCAGGUGGGCGACAUCGUGUUGGCUGUCAACAACAAGCCCCUGGUGGACCUGUCCUACGAACGGGCCCUGGAGACGCUGAAGAACGUGUCACCCGAGAGCCACGCCGUGCUGAUCCUCCGUGGGCCCGAGGGCUUCACCACCCACCUGGAAACCACUCUGUCUGGAGAUGGCCGCCAACGCACAGUGAGGGUCACACGCCCCGCUUUCCCGCCCUCAAAGUCCUACGAGCACUGCUCUCCUCUCAGCUCAUUCGAACCUGGGCAGCAGCAACUCAGCAAGGAGCCCCAGCUCAGGGCCAUUGAGAAUUUGUCCUCUCCGCCCAUCACACAUUCUCUCCUGCAGAGGGGAGGCGUGCAGGCCCAGGACCCCUCGCUGAUGAGGGACGGGGGCCGCGGGGCUCUUCUGUGCAACGGGCUGGAGGAGAACAACGAGCUGCUGAAGGAGAUCGAACCAGUGCUGCGCCUCAUCAAAAACAGCAAAAAAGAGAUCAAUGGAGAAGGCCAGAGGAAUGCGGGGAGAAGAGACGCCGAGAUUCAAGUAGCCUGUGAUCUUGGUGUGGGAAAUGGCACGUCUCCCCAGCUGGCGUCAGAUAACAGCAAAAUGCUGGAAAACAUGCCGGCGGUGCUCAACAAAACUGACACUGACAAGCCUCCGGCCCAGGGUAGGACCUCGCCCAGUAAGUCACUGCAAAAUGGCAGCCCCUCCAAAUGCCCUCGUUUCCUAAAGAUCAAGAACUGGGAGACUGGCACCGUCUACAACGACACACUCCACCACAGCUCCGGCAAGAUGCAAAUCUGCACUGAAAAUGUGUGCAUUGGCUCUGUGAUGAUGCCCAACCAGUACGUCCGCAAACCAGAUGAGGUCAGAAGCAAGGAGGAGCUUCUGUCACUUGCCACUGAUUUCAUAAACCAGUACUACACCUCCAUCAAAAGUGCAGAGUCAUUGGAGGAUCCAGAAAUGAGGUUUGGCUCUAAGACCCAUCUAGACAGGCUGGAGGAGGUAACCAAGGAGAUUGAGGCCACAGGAACUUACCAGCUCAAAGAUACUGAACUGAUUUAUGGAGCCAAGCAUGCCUGGAGGAAUGCUGCUCGAUGUGUUGGGAGGAUCCAGUGGUCCAAACUACAGGUCUUUGAUGCUAGAGACUGCACAACAGCUCAUGGAAUGUACAACUACAUCUGUAACCACAUCAAGUACGCCACCAACAAAGGCAACUUGAGGUCGGCCAUCACCAUAUUUCCUCAGAGGACAGAUGGCAAACGUGACUUUCGAGUGUGGAACAGUCAGCUGAUUCGUUACGCAGGCUACAAACAGCCUGAUGGACAGAUCGUGGGAGACCCUGCGAAUGCUGAAUUUACUGAGAUCUGCAUGCAACUGGGAUGGAAAGCUCCAAAAGGUCGUUUUGAUGUCCUGCCCCUUCUGCUGCAAGCCAAUGGAAAUGACCCUGAGUUGUUUGAAAUCCCAGAAGACCUCAUCCUGGAGGUGCCGAUUAUGCAUCCAAAGUACGAGUGGUUCAAGGACUUGGACCUGAAGUGGUAUGGCCUCCCGGCGGUCUCCAACAUGCUGCUGGAGAUCGGUGGCCUGGAGUUCACUGCCUGCCCCUUCAGUGGCUGGUACAUGGGCACAGAGAUUGGCGUGAGGGACUUCUGUGACAGCUCACGUUACAACAUUCUGGAGGAGGUUGCUAACAGGAUGGCCUUAGACACCAGAAAGACUUCCUCCCUUUGGAAGGACCAGGCGCUGGUAGAGGUCAACAUUGCUGUUCUCCACAGUUUCCAGUCAUGCAAAGUGACCAUAGUAGACCAUCACUCAGCCACAGAGUCCUUCAUGAAGCACAUGGAGAACGAGUAUCGGGUGCGAGGCGGUUGUCCUGGAGACUGGGUGUGGAUUGUUCCUCCCAUGUCAGGAAGUAUCACGCCAGUUUUCCACCAAGAAAUGCUCAACUACCGCCUCACACCUUCCUUUGAGUACCAGCCUGAUCCCUGGAAUACCCAUGUGUGGAAAGGAGUUAAUGGGACGCCCACAAAGAAGAGAGCUAUCGGAUUCAAGAAGCUUGCCAAGGCUGUGAAGUUUUCGGCCAAGCUCAUGGGCCAGGCAAUGGCUAAGAGGGUCAAAGCCACCAUACUUUUUGCCACAGAGACUGGCAAAUCGCAAGAUUAUGCCAAAACCCUCUGUGAAAUCUUCAAGCAUGCUUUUGACGCAAAGGUUUCAUCAAUGGACGACUAUGAUGUGGUGGACUUGGAGCAUGAGACACUGGUGUUAGUGGUGACAAGCACAUUCGGCAAUGGUGAUCCACCUGAAAAUGGAGAGAAAUUUGGAGCUGCCUUGAUGGAGAUGCGCCACCCAACAUCCAACACAGAAGACAGGAAGAGCUACAAGGUCCGUUUCAACAGCGUGUCCUCCCACUCUGACACUCGCAAGUCCUCCAGUGAUGAGCCAGAUGCCAGGAUUAACUUUGAGAGUACUGGACCUCUUGCCAACGUCAGGUUCUCAGUGUUUGGCCUUGGCUCCAGGGCCUACCCACACUUCUGCGCCUUUGCCCACGCUGUGGACACACUGUUUGAAGAGCUGGGGGGGGAGCGCAUCCUACGCAUGGGAGAAGGAGAUGAGCUGUGUGGCCAGGAGGAGUCAUUCAGAACCUGGGCCAAGAAGGUUUUUAAGGCUGCCUGUGACGUGUUCUGUGUUGGCGAUGAUGUGAACAUCGAGAAAGCCAAUGACUCCCUGAUCAGCAACGACCGCAGCUGGAAGAAGAGCAAGUUCCGCUUGACAUACACAGCCGAGGCCCCGGCCCUCACGGAAGCUCUGUACAGAAUUCACAAGAAGAAGGUUUAUGGAGCAAAGAUGCUGGAAUCUCAAAACUUACAAACUCCCAAAUCAAAUCGCUCCACUAUAUUUGUGCGGCUCCACACAAACAACCACGACAGCCUGAGGUACCAGCCCGGAGACCAUCUGGGCAUCUUCCCUGGAAACCACGAGGACCUAGUGACAGCUCUCAUAGAUAAACUGGAGGAUGCUCCACCUGUCAAUCAAAUUGUCAAAGUGGAGUUCCUGGAGGAGAGGAACACUGCCCUGGGUGUUAUCAGUAAUUGGACAAAUGAGACUCGUAUCCCUCCCUGCACCAUCUACCAGGCCUUCCAGUACUUCUUGGACAUCACCACCCCACCGAGUCCUGUGCUCCUGCAGCAGUUUGCUGCUCUGGCAACCAAUGAGAAACAAAAAAAGAAACUAGAGAUCCUCAGUAAGGGCUUGCAAGAGUAUGAGGAGUGGAAGUGGUACAAUAAUCCGACACUGGUGGAGGUGUUGGAGGAGUUCCCCUCCAUCCAGAUGCCUUCCACUUUGCUGCUCACCCAGCUUCCUCUGCUGCAGCCUCGCUACUAUUCUAUCAGCUCCUCUCCAGACCUGCACCCAGGAGAGAUCCACCUCACCGUCGCUGUGGUCUCUUAUCGUCCAAAAGAUGGGGAGGGACCUAUCCACCAUGGAGUGUGUUCGUCAUGGCUCAACAGGAUAGAGAAAGGAGAGAUGGUGCCAUGUUUCGUCCGAGGUGCACCAUCAUUCCACCUUCCCAAAGACAACCAAGCACCUUGUAUCCUGGUGGGUCCAGGAACAGGCAUCGCCCCAUUCAGAAGCUUCUGGCAACAAAGACGAUAUGACUUUGAACACAAAGGAAUUGAGUCGUGCCCCAUGAUCCUGGUGUUCGGAUGUCGGCAGCCUGAGAUGGACCACAUCUACAAGGAGGAGACCAUCCAGGCAAAGAACAAAAAAGUGUUUAAGGAGCUCUACACGGUCUAUUCCAGAGAACCUGGCAAACCAAAGAAAUAUGUACAGGAUGCACUGCGCGAGCAGCUGUCAGAGACGGUGUACCAGUGCCUGAGGGAGGAAGGAGGACACAUCUAUGUGUGUGGAGAUGUUACAAUGGCUGGGGAUGUUCUCAAGACUGUCCAACAAAUCAUCAAGCAGCAGGGCAACAUGAGCCUGGAGGAUGCUGGCUUCUUCAUCAGCAAGCUUCGGGAUGAGAACCGCUACCAUGAAGACAUCUUUGGUGUCACCCUGCGCACCUAUGAAGUCACCAACCGGCUUCGGUCGGAGUCCAUUGCCUACAUUGAGGAGAGCAAAAAGGACUCAGAUGAAGUUUUCUGCUCGUAGGUCUAUGAAUCGGGGGUGGUCAGACAACAACCAGUCUGGAGGACACAGCGACGCUGGUUAAAGAAUACUGUGCCAAUUUUUUUACUGUAAAAAAAAAAAGAAAAGAAAUAUAGGUUCCUUUCUUUUUUUAUACAACUUAAAUGUUUCUGUUGGGCUCUGCGAUUUUGUCUGUAGCAAGUUGGAAAUGUUUUGUUCUCUGAGAAUCUGUUUUGCUUGUUGAUGAUACUUCCAAAAAUUAUAAAAUUGAUCAUUUUGAUUCAUAAUGUGUGCACCUAGUGUAAUGACCUGCCUCAUUGUGAAUGCAUGACCAAGACAAGAAUAUAUUCAAGAAAUAUAAUAUACUCUGUGUUGCUGUUACAGUUAAAAGGCUUUUAUUGAGGUUUUAUUGUUACCAGGAAAAGUGUGGCAUUGAUAACAAAGUCAAAGAUAUCUCUGAACUAUGACUUCAUUUGACUUUAUGUUUCAGGAAAGAAUCACUGCUGGUUAAAUUUAUCUUGGCUGUUUUUAUCAAAGGCUUUAGUUUCCGUAAAUAUUCAAAAGGGAGAAAUAAAUGAAAGCUGUACAGGUGUGCAGAAAAACUGAAAGACAAUUUAGCUGUUGACGGGUUGCCCUGGAUUGUAAAAACAGUGAUAUUGUCACAGCCUCACCAAACAUAUUAUCUAGCUCUUCACUGGCAAUCUAUUAAAAUGCAUCAGCCUCUGUGCCAACUGUCUUUUUAGUGGCCUGUGCAUUCUCUCAAAGCAUCAUUAUGUUGUGUGUCCCAGUUGGUGCUUGCCCAACCACAACAACUGCACAGGAAUGUGCAGGGCAGCCACUAAAUGUAAAAUGUUAAAAUAAACUAAAUUAAAACUUCUUUAAAUCAUUGUAAGUAUUGAUGCAUGAGUAUUGUAAAGGAAAACUGAUUUGUGUCAAAUCAUAUAGCCUAAUCAUGGUGGAGGGAAAUUGUUUUAGGUGAUUGUUCAAUAAUUAAAUCUGGGAUUGUUUGACAUUUUGGGAAUCACACUUAUUCUCUUUCUCAUCAAGAGUCUUGAAAAUAUUGCUAUCAUUCUCAUGUCUGUUUAGUAAAUAUAGAGCAGUGUGUUUUUCAACAAAGGGGUAAAGUUAGCCCGAAGGAGGUCUUAGCUUAACAUAAAAAUUGAAAAUGAGGAAAUGUAACAAUAUCACCCAUACAAAAAAAAAAAACAACAAAAUGCCAAAACAACAUGUUAUGAUUUUAGGCAGGAUUGUGUUGGACUUUUUCCUAGAUGGAAGCAGGAAGUUGUUGUUCCAGGUCAUGAAAUGAUCCAGCCAGUACUACUUUGGUUUUGUACAGAUUCAACAAACAAGACAUAACGUGACAGAUGCUGGCUGUAAUAUCUCGUUACCUUUGGAUAAAGCAAAGCUAGCUGUUUCCCCUGUUUCCAGUCUUUAUGCUAGGCUAAGCUAAUGGCUCCUAGCCUCCUCCUCAUCUUACUAUUUCUUUAUAAAUGAAGUAUCUCUGUAACAAAACAUUUUUUAAGGGUAGCAAACAGAUUUUUAGCACCCCAUGCUCCCCAGGUCAUGUCAGACAGCUGUCAACUUGGCACCAGUUGUCACCUGCUGAGCAUUCAAAAUUUGCAUUUAUCAGCAUCAUGAGUCCUCUGCCUCUUGCCUUACAUUAACUCUCUGCCUCUGCAUAUAUACAACUCAUAUAUUGUUUAUUUUCUCGUUCUCUGCAUGAUACUGCUCAACCCCACGGCUCACACGCCACCCUUUCACUGUGACCUGACACCUGCUCAGUAGCAUCAGCGUGUAUGUGUGUGUGUGUGAGUGUGUGUAUGUGUGUGUAUGUGUACCAUCGAAAUCAUCACAAGUGUGCAUAUCUCUAUACGAGUGGGUGUAAAACAUGCGUGUGCUCAGGUGUGUGUAUUUACAGAAUUAUUCUGCUUGUUGUCUGUUACCUUGUCAAACUGGUCAUAUUUUAAAAUAAGCAUGUAUUUGUUGCUCUGUGAGUCACACAAGCCUGCAAAUUUAAUCUUACAGAUGGUGUUUUUGUAACAGGAAACUGCCCACUUGGCUUUUAGUUUUGAUCUCAGCAGUUCAGUUCUCUUGUUUUAAGUUCCAGUGAAGUUUUCAUUCAGGGACAAGAAGCAAUCACACUGCCGCUGUGGUCAUUUGCUGCUUCCCAAUGAGUCAGGGUUGUAAUUAGAAUAUAUUCGUGCAGGGCCACAUUGUUUAUUGAUCACCCACUCUGCAGUAACCCGUGGCUUUUCUUGUCAGCUUCUGAGUCUUGUUUGUUCCCUUUCUUUGUCUUUGAUUCAAAUUAAAGAUAGCUGUCAGCAUGAUUAACGGAUUUCAGUGUGGUUUUCAAAUGUCCUUAACAGCUGCUGAGAAUAUAUUUGUUUUUGUUUUCUUUGAAGUCAACUAUUUUUACUGCCGGGCGAACAUGGGUGAUUCCCGUUGUUCCCACUUUUGUUCAUUCUAGAUGAAUGUCUCCUCUGUAUAAUUUGUUUGAACAGAUUUAGUUGAAUUGGAAAGAGAGCUGUCAAGAAAAUGUCUGUGAUGUGAAAUGUGCAAUGGAAAAAUAAUUGAUACAAGAUAUAGCUUCUAUAUAUAUAUAUAGCUUCUAAAUAUAUAUAUAUAUUCAAAGACAAAGUAUAAAAUAUAUAGAGCACCACUUCGAUCUUUUCUAAGAAUGUAUUUUGAUUAUGUAAUGAGCACUAUGAUUCUGCUUGAUUUAAAAAGGACAAAAAGGGCAUAUUCUAUGGUGUCUCUCAUAUCCUUUAGGGAUGGGGAUAACAGCAGCAUUAAAUAAAUGCAUGGUGAUCUUCUGUCUCCUGUUCAUAUUUUUAAAAAAAGGCUCUACUUACCAGCACUGUGUCAGUCAGUGAGACUGUAUUGUGAAGUUAUCCGGCCUUUCUCACAGGGCUUUGAAUGGUACAAAAAAAAAAAAAAAAAAAAAAAAACAAUCUUGAAGGGUUUCUUUUCCUGUGUUUGCAUAUCGCUGCUGCUAUGAACAACUCUGAUCCAAUUAGCCUCUGCUAUAAUGACCUUUGUUGUGUAACUGAUUGAGGAUAUUCCAUUUUAAUGCAUCAACUGCAAAGACUUUGCAUUUACUUACAAAUAAAGAGAAACAUUUACAGAAUA